CUGCAUAGAUAUAACGGAAAGCUAGAUGCCCCGUAAGCGGCUGGAUGGUACGACAGCGCCACCCCCUGGCUUUAGUGAUUUUAACACAUUGCUGUAAAAAAAAUCUGUAAAAAUACAGGAAAAACUACCGUAUAAUUGUGAAGGAACUUUCCGUAUUUUCAUUUUACAGCAAUAUUAUCCGUAUUUUCGGUUACGCACUGCAUUAUGGGAGCAAAAAUCUCGGCGGAACAGCGUGAGAAGCAAACGCCAUUUCCUGUACACACACACACCUCUCACUGUAGUCAGCCGUCGGAGAAGGAUACACCUCAAGCUUCUGUGAUAAAAAAGUGUUUUAGUUAUUUUCCCCAUUUUAUAUACCCACAACAUGUUUUAUAGCGUCGUUAUGCUUUUAGUUACUGUGUUAUUCGAUUGAGUGACUGAACUCAGCUUCUGCUGUGUGUCCUCGAGACAGGGCCGGAGCAAGCUGAACUGCCGCUCUAGGCAAAGGAUGUUCACGGAUAUAACUGAAGACGCGGGUGGUGAGGGAGGUGUCGUGGACAGAUCUGAGGUCGCGGGUGGUAAGGAAGGUGUCGCGGGCAUACUGGGGACGCGGGUUGUGACGGAGGUGUCGCGGACGCCACCCUCUCUAUUCAGCAGCCUCGGUCACCUUUAUGGACGCGCCGGCCCUGCCUUGAGGCUGCUGCUGCAUGUCUUUGCGGCUCGCGUGAUGGUUAAUUCCGGUUUAGUUCAUAUUUGUGAAGAGAAUGUGAGUGCAUAAUGUCACUGUGUCGUGUCUGAAGAGCUCAUCUGGAAUCCCUAAAGGAGAGACCUUAACAUCUUUACUUUCAGCAGAGGUUGUGGAAGAAAAAAACAAUCCAGUACAGCUCACCUCUGUUUUCUUGAAAAUAAAUCCUGGAAGAUGGUCAUAGGCUGAGAUGAAAGGGACUCUUCUAAGACCUCGGAUGUUCUAAAUGACUUUAAUCCUUGGAAAAUGUGAGCUUUGUCCAAAGACACUGAACAUUUGAUUGCUGAAAUUGGCAUACAGAGAGCAGAUGCCCUUCCAGCCGCAACUCAACACUGCAGCCGAUGCUCCACGCAGAGAUCAGAUAAUUCAGAAGAACUGAAGAACAUCUUCCCAAGACAUUUCAAGAAACCUGUCUGCAAAGCAUUAGUAAUAGGAAGGUUAUAGGUUCAUGUGCUGUAACACUGAGGUUGCUUUCAAAAAUAUUUCAUCAGUGAACUCUAGUGUAAACUAAAUUAAGUCAACAUUUGUUGGCAUUUUUAAUAACUUUUUUUAGUCUUAUUAUUAGUUGUGUCUGUCUUCCACAAAAUAAGGAUGUACCACACUGCCAAACACUUAACACAACAAUGUUUUGGUUAAAAGGGUUAAGAUUGAAUACCCAAUACAUUGAUUGAUGUAUUGUACACACACACACACACACACACACAAAGACGAAUGAAAAAUUGCUCUGUAUUAAUUGGCUGAUGGCCAUGUUUUUUCAUGUUAUGCCACCUUAGAAAACUGGAUAGCAAAUUUCAAGUUGCUUGGACAAACGACAGCUUAGAUACAGUGUUUUUCACUUAAUAUACAUUUAUAAUUAUGUCUAACACAAAAACACAUCCACAAAUAACAAUGUUGACAUGGAGAAAAAAUAAACAGAAAUCUAUUAUUUUAAUAAUAGUCAUUAAUCAUGCUUACACACAUUUUGUGUCACACGUAGAUAUUUAAACCAAAGAAUAGGUAACAAAAUGUUAACAAGACCUUCAAAACCUUUUGUUGAAAUGUAUAUACAGAAUAAUCAGCUUUCAGUGUAAUUAUUAUAAUUUCAUAAGUGGAAUAAAAAAACCUUGAAUGGUAAGAUUGGACUAAGUUUGAUUUAAAAUGCAAUAACAGUGUUUUACCCAUAGACUGUCUGUAAUAAGUGCUCUUUUGCUGUCAUCUAGUGGUACAAUGACAAAACUUGAAGGACUUUAAAUGUUGUUUAUUGGUUUAGAAUCAUGUCACGUGUCUGAAUAACUGAGGUUUUAAGUUUUAUGCAAUCCUUCUACACAGUAUGUUUUACCCGCUACACGCUAUAUUUUGUAUCUGUCUAUAUCAUCUUAAUUUGUUGUAAUUCCACUACUAUUUUAAUAUUAUAAUAGUAGGAAAAACUAUUAAAGUUAUGAAUACUAAUAAAGUAUUAUUCAUACUAUGAUUAUAGUCCUAUACAUAAAUAUGCACAUACUAUUUCAUAUUGUAUUGCUAUUAUUAAUAUUUUAAAAUAUAAUGUAUUAUUUUAUUCUAUAAAUUCUAUAUUGUAUAGAAUUUGUACUAUUUUAAUAAUGUGUGAUUCAUUCCUUUUUUAUUAACGUUUUUAUUCACUUUUAUAUAGAUGGGCUACUGCUGUACAUUAUUGUUUGUUAUUGUUUACUGUCAACUCUCUCUUCAAGAGGUAAGAUCUGGAGCAACUCUAACACUUCACAACGUACAUGGAAACAAAUAAAACUGUAAGAACAAAGAGGAUUCCAGCACUACUUGUGAUAAAGGAGAUACAUUUAUUGAUAAUACAGCUCUUUUUGUACCAUAAAAUAUUCAGCUUCCUUUUAUACUGGAGUUUUUCAUGCCGUAAAAUUAUAAUAAGUUCAUAAAUAUAAGUUCAUAAUACUGUUUUUUUAUCCGAGACAGUUGCAUCUGUUUAUAUAUAUAUAUAUAUAUAUUAGUUUAAAAAUACAAUGCAAAUAUCGUCAACUAUAAUUGUGACUAGUCGAAACGGUUAUCUCUUAUUACCAUUAUAUCUAUACGGAUACAUGACGCAUAUUUUAGAGAUAUCUACAUCAUUAGAGAUAUCUUCAUUGAGUUUUGACUAGUCAAAACACAUUUACAGAGAUCUCGAAUUUCUAAUUUUCAUUCUGACUAUUCAAAUUAUAAUUGUCACUCGUCAAAAUAUAAUUAGAAAUAUAUUUAAAUAUAUUUAUAGAUAGUAAGAAUAAGGUUGAAAUGCUAAAAAGGCUUGCCAUAGGCGGCCGCAUUUACGUUAACCGUGGCAGGCGCAUUUAGCUGUGGCAGGUAUCCAUUUUACCCCUGCAGCCAAUAUGUCAAAAACUUAUAUAACGUGCACACUUAUUUGUAUAAUGUUAUCACCGGAACUAAACCGAAAAGAAAAUGAAUGAAUGAAUCUCUGGUAUUAAGCAGUGGGUUAAGAUAUCACUUCACCUUUGAAACCCUGAAAAAUAAUGACGAUUACCUACAUCACAACCAUCUUGGAUCACCUUGGGAACCCGCGUUCUAAUAAUGACGUUACAGAACGCGGGGUUCUCAGGCGCACACACACACACACAGUUUUCAGUAGUAAUCUUCCAAUUAGUUCAAGCACAAAAAGUAUUUACAGCUGUCAGAUCGAGUUUGUGAAAGAAGCUCAGUGCGAGAAUUAUCGAGAUUUAUCAGCUUUGCUAUUUUGAAUUUCCAUAUUUACUUGUUGUUGAAACUAACAGAAAUGGAGUACAUUUGGAAGAUGAUUGGUUUUUUUAAGGGGGAAACAAGCAAUUGUUCCCGCCCUGAAGCAGAAAACACCAGCUCAGGUGAGUUUACUAUGACAAGACUCUUCAUUUCUCCAGUUCUAAUUUAAUAAACGUGGUCCUUAAAAUACAGUUAUACACAAAACCUGCAGUGGUAAUUGUCUAGUACUGUGUUGUUUUUGUCGUAUGUAAUAUUCCUGUAAUGAACUGUAUAACUUUCAUAUAUCUCUAAUAUUUACCACAGUAUUUUGUGUACUGUAAUGUUCUCCAGGUAAAAUGUAGUAUUUCACAUUUUUGUAGUAUUUACCACAGGACUUUUUGUAUUGUAUGUAAUAUUCCUGUUGUAUUCUUGUGGCAAUGAGUUGAUAUAUUGCCUCAUGAAAACAACAGAAAAAUCACAUGCAUAACUGUAAACUGUUGUGAUACUCCACUAUAGAAAGUAUGUCACAGAUAAUCACUUGUCAUUGUCUUCUAGGAACAUUUUAAUACCAUAAAAAAUAUAAAAUCUAUUUAUGUUGUGAAAAUUGAAUAAACGGUUUACUGUAUUUAAUCCACUUUAGGAAGCAGAGACAGAAAAAGAAAAGUCGAUGAAGCUUUCCAGAAUGACGAAAAUCAGGAGGGCUUGAUGCCGGCAAAACGCCAUAAACCAGCACAGUUCCCUGAUGACAAUGAAGAACCCAGCACCAGCUCAGGAGGCAGAAAAAGAAAACUCCAGGUGACUUUUCAGGAUGAUCAGGAGGACUUGAUGCCGGCAAAACGCCGUAAACCAUCACAGUUCCCUGAUGACAGUGAUGAACCCAGCACCAGCUCAGGAUGCAGAGGCAGAAAAAGAAAAGCCAAGGAAGCUUUUCAGGAUGAUGAAGAUCAGGAGGAAUUGAUGCCGACAAAACGCCAUAAACCAGCACAGUUCCCUGAUGACAAUGAAGAACCCACCACCAGCUCAGGAAGCAGAGACAGAAAAAGAAAAGUCGAUGAAGCUUUCCAGAAUGACGAAAAUCAGGAGGACUUGAUGCCGGCAAAACGCCAUAAACCAGCACAGUUCCCUGAUGACAAUGAAGAACCCAGCACCAGCUCAGGAGGCAGAAAAAGAAAACUCAAGGUGACUUUUCAGGAUGAUCAGGAGGACUUGAUGCCGGCAAAACGUUGUGAACCAACACAGUUCCCUGAUGACAAUGAAGAACCCAGCACCAGCUCAGGAUGCAGAGGCAGAAAAAGAAAAGCCAAGAAAGCUUUUCAGAAUGAUGAAAAUCAGGCGGACUUGAUGCCGGCAAAACGCCAUAAACCAGCACAGUUCGCUGAUGACAGUGAUGAACCCAGCACUAGCUCAGGACGCAGAGGCAGAAAAAGAAAAGCCAAGAAAGCUUUUCAGGAUGAUGAAGAUCAGGAGGACUUGAUGCCGGCAACACGCCGCAAACCAACACAGUUCCCUGAUGAAAGUGAAGAACCCAGCACCAGCUCAGGACGCAGAGGCAGAAAAAGAAAAGCCAAGAAAGCUUUUCAGGAUGAUGAUGAUCAGGAGGACUUGAUGCCGGCAACACGCCACAAACCAACACAGUUCCCUGAUGAAAGUGAAGAACCCAGCACCAGCUCAGGGGGCAGAGGCAGAAAAAGAAAAAUGGAGGAAGCUUUUAAGGAUGAUGAAGAUCAGGAGGACUUGAUGCCGGCAACACAGCAUAAACCAACACAGUUCCCUGAUGGAAGUGAUGAACCCAGCACCAGCUCAGGAUGCAGAGGCAGAAAAAGAAAAGCCAAGAAAGCUUUUCAGAAUGAUGAAAAUCAGGAGGACUUGAUGCCGGCAAAACGCCAUAAACCAACACAGGUCCCUGAUGACAGUGAAGAACCCAGCACCAGCUCUGGACGCAGAGGCAGAAAAAGAAAAGUCGAGGAAGCUUUUCAGGAUGAUGAAAAUCAGGAGGACUUGAUGCUGCCACCUCAGUUCCCUGAUGAAAGGGAUAAACCCAGCCCCAGCUCAGUUGAAGAAGCUUCUCAGGUUGAUGAAGAUCAGGAGGACUUGAUGCCGGCAGCAAGCAGUGAACCAUCACAGUUUCCUGAUGAAAUUGAAGAACCCGGCACCAGCUCAGGAAGCAGAGAAGGAAAUGCUGAGCAACAUUUUCUGGAUGAUGAAGAUGAUGAUUCCUCCUACGACGAGGAUCCAGAUUUUUGUAGAAGAGACACCGGGCCAGGAUCUCCUCUUGACAAAUAUGAGCUUGGAAGGAAGCUGGGAAAGGGAAUCUAUGGCACUGUCUACGUGGCAACACGCAAAUCUGAUGGAAAAAAGGUUGCCCUGAAAUUCGUUUAUAUGCCGAACUGUUACAUAAAUCGGAAACCUGGACGUGUCUUUUACCCGACUUCGGAGGCCAGAAUAUUGCUUGAACUGAAGAAGCCUUCCUUAUGUCCCCACAUCAUAGAGUUGUAUGACUUUUUUGAAGUGGAGGAAUAUGAUGUUUUGGUCAUGGAGUACAUGCAGCCGAGUAUGACCUUGACUGCAUUCUUCAGGAGAAACAAUGGUCCCUUGACUGAAAGUGUAGCGCGACUCUUGAUCCUGCAGAUCCUAAUUGCAUUAGAACACUGCCUGGAGCAUGGCAUUGACCAUAGAGCAAUCUAUGAAGAAAACAUCCUGGUGAAUCCAAAGACCCUUCAAGUCAAGUUGAUUGGUUUUGGCUGCAGUGAUUACAUUGCGGGCGACUUAAAACCGCACGCUGGAUUUGACCAAAUCUACUGCAAAUGUAUGUGGCAUUCUCGUCUAGUAGAAGUUGGUUUCUUGAGGAAUGCACAUUUUGCUCUAGAAGAAACUGUUGAGUGUGUGGCAAGACUCCUGGCAAGGAUGGUGAAUGGAUAUUGGCCCCUUCGCUCUAUGGUUGAGUAUCCAAGAUUUCACCCCAGUGUAUCCAAAGAAUGCAGAGAUCUUCUGAAAAUGUGCUUCGGUUUCAAUGUUCACGAUGGACCCACUUUGGAGGAUAUUAUUGAUCAUAAGUGGUUCAACAAAAAGAUAGACACCUGAUGGACAGAAACCACUGGCACAAUCUGGUAGGCUUAUUGACACUUCUGGUGGCACAUCUGGAGGGCUUGAUCGUGGAUAUGGUGCAGGUCCAAGUAGGUCACCAGGCAGAUGUUUAGACAGCCAACAGGAUCAAUGCAGAG